ACCUGUUGAUAUUUAAAUCUAUUGAUAAUUUUUCUAAUGUAAUUAUAAGUCUUACGAUAAUGGGACCCUUACCCGCUAUCGUAGAUCCGUCCCUGUCCCUGGCUAGCUCUUAUAAGAAGGUGUAGCUUCAGCAUGUUUUUUCUGCCCAACACACUUACCCUCAUCAUUCUACAUCACUAGUCUUUCUCUCCAUACACAGAAAAAUCACAACAAACACUAGAAAAAAAUAUACACACACAAAUUAAAAUGGCUAGCAAAAUUUUGGUAAUUGGAGCAACUGGACGCAUGGGAAAACAUGUAGUGCAAUCCAGUGUAAAAGCUGGACAUACCACUUUUGUUUUGGUUCGGCGUAGCACACUUGAAUCGGACCCUGCUAAGGCUAACUUGGUUGACAGUUUCAAAAAUUUGGGUGUCACUAUUCUUCAUGGUGAUUUGUAUGAUCACGAGAGCUUGGUGAAGUCGAUAGAACAAGUGGAUGUGGUGAUAUCCACAGUGGGUAGGAUGCAAUUGACUGAUCAACUAAACAUCAUUGCUGCUAUAAAAAAAGUUGACAAUAUUAAGAGGUUCUUCCCAUCGGAGUUUGGGAUGGAUGUGGACAAGGUGAAUGCUGUGGAGCCAGCAAUGAGUAUGGUUGUUGAGAAAAUCCAAAUCCGCAGAGCUAUUGAAGCGGAAGGAAUUCCUUAUACUUACAUAGCAUGCAACUGCACCAAUGGAUCCUUCUUACAUAAUCUAAUCCAGCUUGAACCGGCAGGAUUAACUGCUCCCCCUAGAGACAAAAUCAAUAUUCUUGGGGAAGGACAUGUUACGGCUGUGUUCAACGAUGAAGUUGAUAUUGGCACCUACACCAUUAAGGCUGUUGAUGACCCGAGAACAUUGAACAAGAUCCUCUACAUCAAGCCUCCUGGGAACACCUUUUCAUUCAAUGAGCUCGGGGCAAUGUGGGAGAAACUGAUUGGUAAAACUCUGGAGAAAAUUUACAUUCCAGAGGAGCAAAUUCUCACAGACAUCGAGACAUAUCCAGUUCCAACCAAUAUCUUUCUAGCCAUUAACCACUCGAUGUUCGUGAGAGGUGUCCAAAACAAUUACGUGAUCCAUCCAUCAUUUGGGGUUGAGGCCUCAGAACUUUAUCCAGAGGUCAAACACACCACUGUGGAGGAGUACCUUCGUCGGUUUAUCUGAAAUUCAUUCGCAUGUUUGAAAUGAAGAAUGUACUGUUAAGUGUUAUAUAAAUUUAAGUAUUCAUUCGCAUGUACUCUAUAUUUAUAAUCUAUAAUAUAUUAAAAGUGCAAAGACCUUAAAAAAAUGAAAUAAACUUUUUGUCGUUCAUUAAAAGUCG